UCCCAGGUUGGUGGGAUCCGGUUCCUCUAUGACAACCUGGUGGAGUCUCUGGAGCGCUACAAGGGCAGCAGCGGGUUUGGCUGUAUCCUGGCCCACAGCAUGGGCCUGGGCAAGACCCUGCAGGUCAUCUCCUUCAUAGACAUCCUGCUGCGACACACCGGGGCCCACACCGUACUGGCCAUCGUCCCUGUGAACACGCUCCAGAACUGGUUGGCAGAGUUUAACCUGUGGCUCCCAUCACAAGAGGCCCUGCCCCCUGAUAGUGACCCUGCCACAGUCGCAGGACGCACCUUCAGAGUCCACAUCCUCAAUGACGAGCACAAAACCACGGUGGCCCGGGCUAAGGUAGUGGAGGACUGGUCACGUGGCGGGGGCGUGCUCCUGAUGGGUUAUGAGAUGUACCGCCUGUUGUCCCUGAAGAAGAGCUUUGUGGCGGGCAGGAAGAAGAAGUCCAAGAAGCCCCAGGGACCCGUCAUCAUCGACCUGGACGAAGAGGACAGGCAGCAAGAGCUCAUGAAAGGUAUCGAGAAGGCGCUGGCCAGGCCCGGUCCAGACGUGGUGAUCUGUGACGAGGGCCACCGCAUCAAGAACUACCACGCCAGCACCUCACAGGCCCUGAAGAACAUUCGCUCCAGGCGACGUGUGGUCCUCACGGGCUACCCUCUCCAGAACAACCUGAUAGAGUACUGGUGCAUGGUGGACUUUGUCAGGCCUGACUUCCUGGGCACCAGGCAGGAGUUCAGUAACAUGUUCGAGAGGCCCAUUCUGAACGGGCAGUGUGUGGACAGCACGCCACAGGACGCCAGGUUGAUGAGAUACAGAAGCCACGUGCUGCAUAGCCUGCUGGAGGGGUUCGUCCAGAGGCGAGGCCACGACGUGCUGAGGGACCAGCUGCCCUCCAAGGACGAGCACGUGAUCAUGGUGCGCCUGUCGCCCCUGCAGAGGGCCCUUUACGCUGAGUUUAUGGACCGCUUCAGAGAGGCAGGCAACAGCGGCUGGCUGGGCCUCAACCCGCUCAAGGCCUUCUGCGUCUGCUGCAAGAUCUGGAACCACCCUGACGUGCUCUAUGAGACCCUUCAGAAGGAGAACCUGGCCAACGAGCAGGAUUUGGACUUGGAUGACAUCACGGCGGCCGCUAACCCCCGCUGCCCUGGCGCUGGCCUGAAGGCCAAAGCGGCCGACUUGGCCAACAGCCGGUCCAACGUUACCCUGCCCCCGCUCAACCCCAUCCAGGAGAGAGCCAAUCAGGUCAUCACCUACGAAUGGGCCAAGGACAUCAUGAGCAACUACCAGACUGGAGUUCUGGAGAACUCCGCCAAGAUGCUGCUGCUCUUCCAUCUGAUCGAUGAGAGCGUGAUCAGAGGAGACAAGAUCCUGGUCUUCAGCCAGAGCUUGUCCACCCUGACUGUCAUUGAAGACUUCCUGACCAGACGACCAAUGCCAGCAGGCCGUGUCUCCCCGGACAACCAUGGCCAGAACCAUACCUGGGUCCGCAACAUCAACUACUACAGGUUGGAUGGGAGUACGUCUGCUUCAGAGCGAGAGAGACUCAUCAACCAGUUCAACGACCCAGAGAACACCUCCACGUGGGUCUUCCUCCUGUCAACGAGGGCGGGCUGCUUGGGGGUGAACCUGAUCGGGGCCAACCGGGUGGUGGUGUUUGAUGCGUCGUGGAACCCGUGUCAUGACGCCCAGGCGGUGUGUCGAGUGUACCGCUAUGGCCAGAAGAAGCCCUGCCACAUCUACCGCCUGGUCUGUGACUUUACCCUGGAGAAGAAGAUUUACGACCGACAGGUCUCCAAGCAGGGCAUGUCUGACCGCGUGGUGGAUGACCUGAACCCGGUUCUGACGUUCACCCGCAAGGAGGUGGAGUCUCUGCUGCACUUUGCAGAGGAGGAGCCUAACCCGACCAAAGCCCCUCCCCAGCCCCACAAAGAGAUGGAGACGGUCAUCAGCCAAGCCUGUCAGCUCUACCCCCACCUCAUCACUAAGGAACCCUUCCACCACGAGUCUCUGCUGGUGGACCGGAAGGAGUCCAAGCUCACUAAAGCAGAGAAGAGAGCCGCUAAGAAGAGCUACGAGGACGAGAAGCGUGCCUCCGUGCCCUACUCUCGCCCCUCCUACGCCCACUACUACCCAACCAGUGACCAGACCCUCAUCAACAUCCCAGCCUUUAACCAGCGCAACUGGCGUCCCAGAGCUCGGGGUGAUGAGAAGCCCGUGGCCAGCGUCCGGCCCGUCCAGUCCACCCCCAUUCCUAUGAUGCCUCGCAUGGCGGGCAUGGGCGUGGCAGGCUCCAGCUCAGGAGUCGGCUACCCCGUCAACUACCUGCAGAAGGCUGGCGUCUACGUCCAGAGGAUUGUCACUACCACUGAUAUAGUGAUCCCAGGAGCCAACAGCACCACUGAUGUCCAGGCCCGUAUCGGUGCAGGAGAGAGUAUCCACAUGAUCAAAGGUUCAAAAGGUACCUACAUCAAGACCAAUGAUGGCAGGAUUUUUGCCGUCCGCUCAGGGAAGCUCAGCAGAGCAGUGCAGGGAGGAACUGCUACCAACAGAGGUUCCCAGGUUUCACUUCUUCACGCCAUCGGUAACGGCUGUUCGUCUCCCGCGGAGCGCCAACGGCUGACCCCCGACAGCGCCUUGUGGCCCUCCACCCCCGAGAGCCCCGAGAUCCUACGCGAGCUCAGCCGCUAUGCCGUCACCGCGGAUACCGUCACCGUGGGCAAUGAGCUGCCAUCACCAUCGGACACGUUUACAGGGGACAGAGGGGGAGGGGGAAGAACGCAGCAGCACAAUCAAACCACAGAAUCGGACCACAGCCGGCAGUUCAGAGAUGACAUCGGAAUGAGCAUCAGCGACGCUCUGCAACGCUCCAAACGCAAGAUGGCCGAGAGCCGUGGACACAAGCAGGCAGGGGGAAAACGCAGCUCGACAGCAGCCGGUUUCCCCGGCCUCUCCCUGGGCAGCGGCGGCCUCAGCUUCCCCCCCCUGAACCAGGCCUUGGAUGGACACAUGAGCCACCCGCUGCUGAUGGGAGGCAAUUCCUCAUCCCCCUUCCUCCAGUCAGCAGGACAGACUCUGGGAGACCUGCAGGCCAUGUUCCCCUCGGCAGGGGCGGACCUCCUCAACCACGCCUCCUCAGCCACAGGAAGCAACGGACACCUCCCCUCCUCCUCCACCACCUCCUCCUCCACCAACACCAUGCCUGUGUCCCCUGCCUCCACCACCCUGCCCCCCUACCUAAUGAAUCCCAGUGUGGCCGACCUUCUGUCCCCAGGCUUCCCUCUGAACUACAGUCAGUCCCUGCUGCCUGAUCCCAGGAUGUACCCCAACACCCUGGGAGGAGGCCCAGCCAGCUCUGGAGGAAGCUCCAGUUUCCUCUCCCACUACCCCUCUUCCCCCUCCAGCCUCCUGGGUGCAGCCCUGAGCCAGCCUGACACCCAUCACAUGUCCACGGACAACGGCGGCAGCAGCUCGGACGAUGACGUCAUCGAGGUAACAGGACAAUGAGCCAGCAUUCRUUAACCCUGAGUGGAUAAGUUGCAAAAACAAACAACUCCCCGCCCUAACCUGGCUAACCCUCUUAGCCCCCCUCCACAAACACACACACACACAGACUCCUAUGAGCGGGCAAGUGAGAGGGAACGAGGCGUACCUCAAUGUGCUUACCAAGACAAAGUAACAAAAUCCUUAUGCUGAAUAUCUUACUGAAGAGACUGAAGAUUUGCCCGAGCCCCUGAGGUUGGUGAGGCUGAGCACCAGAGACCAUGGAUGGGAAUGGAUGGACUUGUUGUUGUAGGGGACCAGUUGGUUGAACAUGGGGCUUCUAAGCACUGCCUCCACCGCUAUGUCUUCUAGCAUGGCCGUGCAGUUAUUUUACCCCCAUGACGAUUACUGAGGCCUGUCAGGACUCUAUCUCGUCGGAGCGCACAUCAGAUGGUACUAUGUGAUCGUCUGUUGGACCGUUUGCAUUCAAAAUAUAAAAAAAUGUGAUUUUAGAGCCGUUAGCUGUUUGAUAGACAUUGUAGCAAACCCAGUUGGAAAGGAUGAGAAGACAAUAUACACUCCCCUAUAAAUUUAUUUGGACAGUGAAGCUAACAUUUUUACAUUUGCCUCUAUACUCCAGCAUUUUGAAUUUGAGAUCAAGUUUUUCAUGAGGCAACAGUACAAAAUAUCACCCUUUUUUUUGUGUAUUUUCAUACAUACAGUGCCUUCAGAAAGUAUUCACAUCUCUUGACUUAUUACACAUUUUGAUG